AUGGAGUCUGAAAUCAAGUCUCUGCUCCCCGGAAUCGAUCCGAUUCUCUCAGAGUAUUCCGUGGGAUACCUAACACACUCUGCCAACGCCUAUGUGCCCGAUGACUCUACAGCAGUGUCGCCUCUUGCUGAGGCUGCUACAUCUAUAACAGAGCUCUUGGUAUCAGCAUCAGGCGAUCCCUCACCAGAGAGUGAGGCCAAAAUCAGCCAGAUCGUGCAGAAAUGGGUGGACACAUUCACCGCCUCUCAAGCAGCAAGUGGUAAACGGACUCAGGUAUCGUCAGCUGCAAGACGGCUGGACCAGGCCAUUCAAGUUGGAGCCCAAAGAGGGAUGUCAUCUACCCUAGGACUCUCAACUGGAGGCGUUGAUCUUGAAUCAGCGAACACGAGAAAAUUGGAGUCAAAGGUUGACAAGAAGAAGUUAGAGAAGGCUGAAAGGAAGAUUGCCGCUAAGCAGAGCAAGAAAGUAUUCAAGAACGUCGAGUACGAGGCCUCGAAACUCAUCAAUCAAACUGAUGAUGCCUUGUCUUAUGAAGAGUUCUUCAUGGCUGUCAAUCCUCUGCAGCUUGGAUCAAAUGCCAUGGGCCAAGCCAAGAGCAAGGACAUCAAGUUGGAUUCCAUCGAUGUUUCUAUUGGAGGCUUGAGAAUCUUGACGGAUACAAACUUGACCUUAGCCUAUGGACGCAGAUAUGGUUUGGUUGGUCAGAACGGUAUCGGUAAAUCUACGCUGCUCAGAGCUCUUGCCCGAAGAGAGUUGGCAAUUCCUACUCAUAUUUCCAUUCUCCACGUGGAGCAAGAGAUAUCUGGAGACGAUACACCAGCAUUACAAGCUGUGUUAGACGCAGACGUAUGGCGGAAGCAUUUGCUUGCAGAGCAAGUUAAAAUAAGCAAGCAAUUAGCAGAUAUCGAGGCAGAGCGAUCUUCGAUGGCUGACACAUCCGUGGAUGCUGAAAGACUUGAUCGUGAGCGAGAAGGCCUGGAUCAGACUUUGGGAGACGUCCAGGGCAAGCUAGCCGAAAUGGAGUCUGACAAAGCUGAGUCUCGAGCUGCAACCAUCCUGGCUGGUCUUGGAUUUUCUCCAGAGCGACAACAAUUCGCUACUAAGACAUUCUCUGGUGGUUGGCGUAUGCGAUUGGCCCUUGCAAGGGCUCUUUUCUGCGAACCGGAUCUUCUACUUCUUGACGAACCGUCCAAUAUGUUGGACGUCCCAUCCAUCACUUUCCUCGCCAACUACCUUCAAGGUUACCCAAGUACUGUACUCGUAGUUUCUCACGACAGAGCCUUCUUGAACGAAGUCGCAACAGAUAUUGUACACCAGCACUCCGAACGUUUGGAUUACUACAAGGGCGCCAAUUUCGAGUCCUUUUACGCUACCAAGGAGGAAAGACGGAAGACAGCCAAAAGAGAGUACGAGACUCAAAUGGCACAGCGUGCACAUCUCCAAGCAUUCAUCGACAAAUUCAGGUACAAUGCUGCGAAGUCAUCUGAAGCUCAAUCUAGAAUCAAGAAGCUUGAGAAGAUGCCAGUCCUCGAAGCACCUGAGAGCGAGUACACCGUCCAUUUCAAGUUCCCUGAUGUUGAAAAGCUAUCCCCUCCUAUUGUCCAAAUGACCGAUGUCAGCUUCGGCUACACGAAAGACAAGCCGCUCCUAAGGAAUGUGGAUCUGGAUGUCCAACUCGACUCUCGGAUCGGUAUCGUUGGACCCAACGGUGCUGGUAAAACAACUGUAUUAAAGCUUCUCAUUGGCAAAUUGACGCCUACCCAAGGUCUUAUCUCCCAAAAUCCUCGACUUCGGAUUGGUUUCUUUGCUCAACAUCACGUUGAUGCGCUCGACCUGACCACCAGCGCCGUAGGUUUCAUGGCCAAGAACUACCCCGGAAAGCAAGAUGAAGAAUACCGUCGACACCUUGGAGCCUUUGGUAUUACUGGCAUGACUGGUCUCCAGAAGAUGGAACUCUUGUCUGGAGGUCAAAAGUCUCGUGUCGCAUUCGCAUGUCUGUCUCUCACCAAUCCUCAUAUCCUUGUACUUGACGAACCUUCCAACCAUUUGGAUAUCGAGGCCAUGGACGCACUGAGUACGGCACUGAGGCAAUUCCAAGGUGGAGUUCUGAUGGUUAGUCACGAUGUCACUAUGUUACAAACUGUCUGUACCAGUCUUUGGGUUUGUGAUGGCGGAACUGUGGAGAAGUUCCCAGGAGAUGUGCAGGCGUACAAAAAGAGAAUCACAGCUCAGGCCGAUGCAAGUGGUGUAGUUGCAGCCCACUGA